AUGAAGAUGCUGCUGAGCCUGAUUGCUCUGGUCUCUGCUGCCCUGUUAGCCAAUGCAGCCCCUCCAACUUGCUACUCGAGGGUGUUGUCGCUGAGCAAAGAAAUUACGGAGUCCUUUAAGGAGUUACAGACCUCCAAAUCUGUGGACUUAUGUGUGGAGACGCUGCCCAGGCUGUACUUGGACAUACAUAAUUAUUGUGUGUUGGCAAGACUCCGCGAGUUUGUGGCAUACCCCAGAUGUGACACAGUGCUUGAAGUGAGUGAGCUGAAGGAAAAAGCCCGGAGCCUGUACACCAUCAUGAUCUCCUACUGCAGAAGGGACUUGGUGUUCCUCACUGAUGACUGUAACGCUCUGGAAAAUCCGAUUCCAUCUCCCACUGAGCCUGCCAUCACUGAGAGCUAAGAGAGUCAACCCAAAACUUAUACAUGGGAAAUUUUC